GAGCGGCACCGGGAGCGGCGGUACCGGGAGCGGCAUCGGGAGCGGCACCGGGAGCGGUACCAGGAGCGGCACCGGGAGCGGCUCCGGGAGCGGCACCGGGAGCGGCUCCGGGAGCGGCAUCGGGAGCGGCACCGGGAGCGGCACCGGGAGCGGCACCGGGAGCGGCUCCGGGAGCGGCAUCGGGAGCGGCACCGGGACGGGGGAAGGACCAAAGGCGGGCAUGGCGCGGCCUCCGCCGCCCUCCUGAGCGGAGCGAUCGGCGCUGAACCCCCGGCACGACCCCGCACGGAGCCCCCGGCUCGGCAUCGCCCGGGCGAUGGAGAACCUCACAGCUCCUCCAUCCUGGACCAGGCUCAUCAACAGCUCCUCGGACGCCGGUGACACCGAUGACAACCCCUACAGGUGCGUGUUCGACGAGGACUUCAAGUACGUCCUGCUGCCCGUCUCCUACGGCAUCGUCUGCGUGCUGGGGCUCUUCCUCAACCUGCUGGCCCUCUACGCCUUCCUCUUCAGGAUCAAGACCUGGAACGCCUCCACCACCUACAUGUUCAACCUGGCCAUCUCCGACACGCUCUACGUGGUGUCCCUGCCCCUGCUGGUGUACUACUACGCCGUGGGGGACAACUGGCCCUUCAGCGCGGGGCUGUGCAAGAUCGUCCGCUUCCUCUUCUACACCAACCUGUACUGCAGCAUCCUGUUCCUGCUGUGCAUCAGCGUCCAUCGCUUCCUGGGCAUCUGCUUCCCGCUGCAGUCGCUGCGCUGGGGCCACGUGCGCCGCGCGCGCCGCGUCUCGCUGGCCGUGUGGGCCCUCACCGUGGCCUGCCAGUCCCCCGUGCUCUUCUUCGUCACCACCAGCGCCAAGGGCGACGCCGUCACCUGCCACGACACCUCCAGCAAGGAGCUCUUCGGCCAGUUCGUCGUCUACAGCUCGGUGAUGCUGGUGCUGCUCUUCUGCAUCCCCUUCCUCGUCAUCAUCGUGUGCUACUGCCUGAUGGCGCGGCGGCUGCUGCGGCCCACGCGCGGCAUCUCCCGCCGCUCCCGCUCCAAGAAGAAGUCGGUGAAGAUGAUCAUCAUCGUCCUGGUGGUUUUCAUCGUUUGUUUCCUGCCCUUCCACGUCACUCGGACCUUGUACUACUCCUUCCGGAGCUGGGACCUCAGCUGCCAGACCCUCAAUGCCAUCAAUCUGGCCUACAAGGUGACUCGUCCCCUCGCCAGCACCAACAGCUGCUUGGAUCCCAUUUUGUAUUUCUUAGCAGGGCAACGAUUUAUGAAGUUGGCGGGCAACAAGAUGCCAGGGAAGGCUCAGAACGAGGUGGCGCUGGGCAUCGUGCCCAACAGUCACCUGGGAGCCAGCAGUGACACGGACACGCUCUCCAAGGAUCUGAAAUCCUAGCUCUGCUCCAUGGAAGGGCUUCUCCUGGGGGUCAAGGAGGACAGGGUGCUCUGGGGCCCAAGGCUUUGGGUGUUUGGGCUGCCUGGGCUUGCACCCACUGUGUCAAACACGCUCUUCUGCCUGUUUUGCUGUGUUUGUUUCAGGAAGAUGCAGCUGUGGUUGCACAUGUGAACUCUGACCUCUGAUUUUGCAUGCCAGCCUGACCCUCUCAUCAGGCUGGGGUGACCAAAUCUGGGGGAAAAAUUGUGCCCUUAGUGCCUUGAAUCAUUUUCCAAAGCAAAAACACCAAAAGGUUCCCCUAAAGAAUCCAUCUGCACAUUGCCGGGCGCAGGGGGAGCCGGAGUUUCUCUGUGCCUUGGCAAGAGAAAAGCCAAGGAAAGGCUCUGGGUGGAUGAGGAGAGCCAGCUGCAGUUCUGCUGAACAGCUUGGUGCAAAUGCCAAGGACACAAGUAUCACCCAGAGCAGGAGAGGGUUUCCCACAGCUUUGUGUCCUUGAAGGAAUGCUCUCCCAGCUUCAAACUGGCAGAGCAGGGAUGGGAUUCCUGUCCAAGGCCUGGCUUCCCAUUAACCAGGGUGCUGAUGGGCAUUCCAUCCCACUGGGGUGCUCUGGUAGCAGCCCACGGGAGUUUACUGGUACCAUCGAGCAGGUCCCCUGUAGGUUUCUCCAGUGGGGCCAGCAUCUUCCAAAAAACCCAUUAGAGUGCUUCCCAACAGCAACAGUCACCCUUUAAAAGCUUUUAGGAACCUGCAGCUUCCAGCUGCUGGCUUUAGUAAUCAUCUCCAGCUCAUUAAAAUUUAAGGUGAGCUGCUCAUGUCUUGUUUUUAACCCCCUUCCUGGUGACUCGUGUUCCAGCCCAGCAGCAAAGACCAGCCUGCAUCCCUUGGCUGAGCACUGCCACGUCCCCACUGCUGUCCCUCAGAGGUGACAACAUUUGCCAGCACUAAACCCUGAGCUGAGGAGCUGCAAGUGGUGCUGAGCUCAACCCCAUUCUGCCUGGAUUUGUAAAAAAUGUCCACAAAGCAUUUCACCAGAAGGGGCUCUGGGUGUUUUUCCCUGUAGUUGUUGGGUUGGAGAGCCCAGAGCCCACGUCCAUGAUUUCCCUGUCAGGAGGAUGCUGAUCCCUCUCCCCAGAAAUGAAAACUGCUUGGGCUGCAGCACUGAACCAGUCACAUUUUGUAAAAACUCAAUUUCAGGACUAGGCAAACACAUUUGAUGUUGACUUAGGCCAAGACGUGAGACCACUCCUUAGUUUCUCCCAUCCUUCCUUCUUGUGGACUGGUUUGGUGGGGACAAAGCCACGUUGCCAUGUCACCAGCUGUGUUCAGUGACUGGGACCAUUCAGGGCUCACUGGGAGGCUCCUGUGCUCCCACCCCCAGUGAGGGCUCCUGUCCCAGCCAACAAUGUCACAACCACAGGAGGCAAAGGCAGACAGGGCAUUUGUAGGGUGGUUCAUCCCAGCCUCAGGUGUGUUUAGGAUAGGACUGGGUUAAGGCCAGACUUGCACCGUGGCAGCACCUUUACUCCUUUGUUCUUGUGGUGAGGGUCAUGGCACAGUCACUGGGGUGAGACAAAUAACUGGAGAAAUGAAUUCAGCCAGGGCACUGACCUGGUACAAACAUCACUGCAGGCCAGGCCUUGCCCAGCCUCCCACACUUGCCAAAAGCAGCGUGGACAUGUUACGUGCUCUGAAUAAUUCAACAAAACAUACCCAAAGUUUCCUCCUGAGGUCCUGCUUGGAAAUCCCACCUCCCUCUGAGCUGGCUCUGAGCACUGCCAGUGCCAUCAGGGUGUCCCUCUCUGAUCCUUAUCCCCAGGGGAUCCCACUGGCCAGAUGCAGAGCAAUUGGAGAGGUGCCAGCUGGAAAUCUAGCCCUAGACUUUUUUGUUUGUUUGUUUCUAUUUGUAAAAGCACUAACUUAUACUAGAGAGAGAAAAAGAAAAGGUGAGUUUUAUGACAGUGACUGUACAUUUUUAUUUUUGUAACAUGCAAACAGCUCAGAUUUCUGAUAGUAAAUGAGUUUAUUUCUACUACAA